AUGGCGCAGCCGUUCAACGAACCUGUGUGCGACGAUCUGCGUGAAGAAACCGUCCUACGGAGCAGACGCACUCUCCAGCAGCCCGCAGCUCCUGCUACCGUGGCCAUGGCAUCCGACCUGGCCACCGCGGGUACCGAAGCCAGCGCGCUGCCUGCAGGCGUCCUUGCCAAACCACAAGGUGACUCCACUGACUUGGCUUCGCAAACCGCCUCCUUGCCCAGGGACGCCGUACACGCUCCCUUGGACUUCACCUCAGGUACCAUCCCUGGAGCAACGGACGACGCUUGCAAUGCUCCGAUGGUCUUCACGUCAGUGUACGGUGACAGAGCUUCGACGCUUACGGGUGCUCUCGGGCAACUUGGUCUCUCCCAAGUACAAGUGGAUGCCUGCGCUACGGUACGCCACCUCACGGACCUGUUCGUAGUGGUGCCCCGCAGCUUUCCCGUGAAGGUAUCCGAAGACCUGUCCAAUUUGGUCACCGCCGCCGGUCGCGACAACUUCUGCCGCGUCCUGACUUCCCUCUUUCUCCGUGAGUGUCGCGGUGACGUCUUCUCUAUCUCCUGGUACAGGCAUGGCUGCUUCGGAAGCAUGCUCUUCGAGAGGACGGCGUUUCGCGAACUGUACGACGUUUUAGGACCCCACUGCGCUGCCACGCUUCUACUGCAUUACUACGUCUUUGAACGCGUUGAUGUGGACACAUACGUCCAGUGGAUUGGACCGCCGGCGUCCGGAGUCAAGCUCGUCGCCGCGCCGGACAGUAAGCGCUCUGAAACCGGCGGCCAGGUGGCGCGCUCGGUGCGGCAAGCAGCAAUAUCUGGGGGAGCCACCAUUGGGCACCCCGUAACUACAGACAGCCGUUCGGACGGCGCAACUUCCGUCUUGUCGGCGUUUUCGACUUCUGACCAUGUGGCUGCUAACAGAAACGGUGACCGGAAGCGACCGGCAAGUGCUUCGUUUGCCCGCAUGAGGGCGCUUGAGGCGAAAAAGCCGCGAAAAAGCCACGGGAAAUUCGGGGCGCGAGGGGGCCGGGCUAGACAAGGCGAAACGUACACGUUUCACGCGUGGACUAUGCUGUACGUGUCCGACUGCAGGAGGCUUGAAAGACGCUUCAUGCUCGGAAGCCCCGGCAACCUUGACAAUGCCCAGAAGCUUGCCGACAAGGUCUUUGCCGCGUGGCCCGACUGUCCAGACGAGGUUCGUCGCCACCCAUGCCUGCUGCGAAACCUGAGACAGCUCUUGAAGAAUCACAAGUCUUGCAGGUAUGGCAAGCUUCUCGCGGAGUACUGUUCGUCGCAAAUCGGUAGCGAAGGCAGUAAAGACUGUGGCAAAGACAUCGUCGACGUAAGCUCCAUCGUCGACGAGGAAGAACUCCUUUUGCUAUCUCCCCUUUCCGAUCUCCUGAAAGACCAUGUUCCCGCGAGAUCGGUUUCAGGGUUUCUGCACGCUGCCCUGAGAAAGCUGAUUCCGGUAGAACUGUUCGGUUCGAAGUCUAACUGGAGGAGGGUCGUCGAUUGGGCUGCUUCAGUUGCUCGGAUGAACAAGGGCGAAGUACUGAACGCGGCCGCAUUCGCGGCCAACCUGCGAGUUCACCACGUGCCGUGGCUUCAGCGACUGGCGUGCGUGAGGGGCAACAAGAGGCUGCCGUGGUUGCGCGCGGUGGUCGCGUGGUGCGCGAGGCUAGCGGCGGCUGUCGUCUUGGUCUUCUUCUACGUCACGGACUCGCGCAAGGGCAAGCGACAGCUCUUCUUCUACAGGAGACGCGUCUGGAACGCCAUAGUGGAGGCCUGGGCGUCCAGUGAAGACAUCCUGGAGUAUGCCGACGCCUCCAGUGGGCCUCCGAAACUGAAGGGUGUUGGCCGCCUACUUCCAAAAGAAGAAGCAGGAGGAUUAAGGCUUCUUGUUACCGCGCCCGUCGCCAAGGACUUGGAGGUGAGGUCUCGCACCCUGAAGGUGUUUCUGGAUUCCCUCAAAGGUAACGGCGGCGGUGCGGACGACGUUUACCGCCGUUGGAAGGCCUUUGCCUGCGACUGGAAGUCACGUGGAAAGCCCAAGCUCUUCUUUGUCAAAGCUGACAUCGAGAACUGCUUCCACAGCGUCGACCACGAGGUGACGCUGGGAGUGGUGGACAGGGCGUUUGAGCGUACCGAGCGGGACUCCCGGAUUGUGGCCUGCACAGUGGUGAAACUUAACUCUUACGGCCGCGUGGUGAAGCACUGGCGGCAACUCUUCGCCAAGGACGUCGCGAACAUGGGACAUGCUUCAGAGAGCCCGUUAGCUCAGCAGCACCGCGUCUCCAGCAAGGCCAAGAUUCUGGUGGCGAAGACGUGUCUCUUGCCUAACUCGAAGGAGCUGAAGCAGCUGCUUCGGGACUACCUGACCAAGUUUCAUUUCCAGCUGCAUGACAAGACUUACAGCCUCAGGAAAGGCGUGCUGCAAGGCGGUCAUUUGUCCGCAGACAUUGCGGAAGUCUACAUCACGGCGAUGCAGAGGCAACACCUGUCGGACUUCGGCAAUGUCAACGGAGAGCUCAUAAUACGUGCCACCGACGACUUUCUCUACGUCACUUUCGACGAGGAACGUGCUCGCCGUUUCCGAGACGCGUUCUUCGAAGGCUUCUCUGACUUUUGUCUCUUCGCCAAUGCUUCCAAGGUGCAGACGAACCUCGUGGACGAUGAAGAAGAAUGGUACGCUUGCAGGCCGUCUCCUUUUAGGGCAUUUAGGGAAAGAGCUGACUUCUGCGGGUACGUCUUCGACGUGUCGACGAUGGAAGUGUUCCGGGAUUCCGCGGCCUCGGCUCCAGUCGGAUCGGUGGUGCACAAGUCCGAACGAAGACCGGGAGAAGCACUGAAGAAGUACCUCGAGCCUUGGCACUUGCCCGUGUGUCCCUUGGCGUUGGAUCCCCUGAUUAACUCGCGGGAGUGCGUGCUCGCAGGAGUCCUAGACUUGUUCGUCACCUUGGCCGACCGCUUCUUCUGGUCGGUGAACUCCAUGCGCUACGUGGACGAAGACUACGUAACGAAGGUCGUUCUUGGAAUACUGGACAACUUUCUGGUCAGGGCGUUUAGGUGGGCGUCUGGUGAAGGUGUGGAGCUUUCCCUCAGCGAAGGAGAGUUGCGGUACCUCUUCGUGUUGGUGUUCGCGAGGAGAGCGAGCCGCAAGUCGAGUGGUGUAGGGAAGCGUCUCUAUGAUGUCGUCCAGCGUGUUGGCAAGCAAUUGGCGCUGAUCGGUGAUCUGAAACAUUUGGAAGAUUCUGUAGAUUUGGCUUUGCCUUGA